AUGAACGCUCUGGAGGAAUACAAGGUGCAAAGGACUGUCCAUAAAGUUCUUUUCCAGGGCAUUCCCCCAAGUCUCCGGGGAACUGCGUGGAUGGUUGCGAUCGGCAACAAGAAGGGAAUAGACAUCAACGAUUUCUGCACCUACGAUGCUAGAGCAAGAGAUCUGCACUCGGCCAUAGCACUACAAGACAAGAAAGCCAUGGAGUCAAUGCUACUUGACGGCAAGCACCAGUCUGCGGGAGAAACUGGAGCUCGAACGACGGAGAACGACGAUACCGCUCAAUCCCAGUCUGAUUCCAUCCUGACAAAUUUCAUCCAAGUGCGUCUCGACCUCAUUCGAACUCUCCCGAGGUUGAAAAUCUUCAGCGAAGGAGGCAGCUACACAGAAAAUCUCAGGCGGGUCCUCGAAGCAUUCGUCCUCUAUGACCCCGGGAUGGGCUACGUUCAGGGGAUGGGGUCAAUAGCGGGUGUGCUGCUGCUGCACACAAGCUUGGAGGAGACCUUUGUGUCGUUCAUCAACAUCCUCGACAAUCAGCUGUUUCAGAACUUGUUUCACAUGAACAUGGGCCGCAUCCACAGCUACCUGAUGGCCUUCAAAGUCUUCCUUGCCAAGCACCUCCCCAAGGUGUACGCGCACAUAAGCAGGGUCAAGAUCGACCUGAAGCUUUUUCUGCUCGAAUGGUGGAUGACGCUAUUCACGUCCUUCUUGAGGUUCGACACAGUGUGCCACCUGUGGGACAUCCUCUUCUUCGAGGGCGUGGGAUCGCUGGUGUCCAUCUCGAUCGCCAUCCUCAAGUCCAUCUCCGCUAAGCUGCUAGACGCGGACUUCGAGGGCCUGCUCUUCAUCCUGACCCACAUGGAAUCGAUGGAACUCGAUCCGGAGAGGAUCCUGCAAUCCUCCCGAGAGAUCCCCAGGAUCAGCAGUCAAGACUUCCACGAACUUGCCGACAAGAUGUUUGAGGAGCUCGAGAAGAGGCAACACAGCAGCGGGUUCGAGAACUCCGCUGAGCUCGACGAUCCCCGGGUCAUUGGGAGGGACCUGAUGGGAAGGUUUGGGCAGCGCGUCCGGGUAUCCAACGGGAUCCCGUGCCAGGGUCCAGGAACCGUCACUCAGGUCCACCAUGGAAGUACCGCCAUGGUCGUAUGGGACACAGGGAUAACGCAGAACAUGAGGAUAGGGAAGGGUGGCGAGUACUGGCUGCGUGAGAUGCCGGCUCAGCUCGACCCAUUCUUCUCCUUAUGACAGUGGGGCGGCAAGGCCGAAGCUGUCUGCUGAGGAGCUGCUCCGACGCAGUGCGCGAUCUCCAUUGACGGGCAGACAACUGAGAACACUGUGCGCUCCUGUCGGAAUCCCAAUGAACAAGUCAAGCUAC